UGCAUCUAAGCUGAAGCAUAACAAACUACAAAUCAUUCUAAAAUAUUUUUAAAAAAUUUCUAAACUUUUAACAUAAUUAUCAAUAUGCAAUUCUACAAAGUAUUCACUUUUAUUUCCUUGAUUUUUGCCGUUUUUGCUGGACAAAGUGAAGCUGGUUGGUUGAGAGAUUUUGGCAAGAGAAUUGAACGUGUGGGCCAACAUACACGUGAUGCCACCAUACAAGCUAUUGGUGUGGCCCAACAGGCAGCCAAUGUUGCCGCCACGGUACGGGGUUAAUUAUAAAAAAUUAUGUUAUUUUAUUGAUUUAAAAAAUAAGUUUAUUUUAUAAUACAAAUAAAGAUAUAUCGUCAUAUCGAAAUAAUAUAUUAAAUUGACUUAUAAUCUCGUCGAUCAGCAAA